AUGGACUUACUGAAGCGGGCCCAGUGCAGGGCCACCAAGAUGAUGAAGGGACUGGAUCGUCUGUCAGUCAAGGAGAGGCUGAGAGAGCUGGGGCUGUUCAGCCUGGACAAGAGGAGGCUCGGGUGGUAUCAUGGAAAACUUGACAGAACAAUUGCAGAAGAACGUCUUCGACAAGCGGGAAAACCUGGAAGUUACCUUAUUCGAGAGAGUGAUCGGAGACCAGGUUCAUUUGUGCUUUCAUUCCUUAGUAAAACAAAUGUCAAUCAUUUUAGGAUUAUUGCCAUGUGUGGAGACUAUUACAUUGGUGGACGUCGUUUUGCUUCACUCUCAGACCUAAUCGGUUACUACAGUCAUGUGUCCUGUUUGCUGAAAGGGGAAAAACUCUUAUUUCCAGUAGCACCUCCAGAGCCUGUGGAGGACAGAAGGAGAGUUCGAGCAAUUCUACCUUACACCAAAGUGCCAGAAACUGAUGAAAUAAGUUUCCUUAAAGGAGACAUGUUUAUUGUCCAUAAUGAAUUGGAAGAUGGCUGGAUGUGGGUUACAAACCUACGGACAGACGAGCAAGGUCUUAUUGUAGAAGACCUGGUAGAAGAAGUGGGAAGAGAAGAAGAUCCACAUGAAGGCAAAAUAUGGUUCCAUGGGAAGAUCUCCAAACAAGAGGCUUACAAUUUGCUGAUGACAGUUGGUCAGGUGUGCAGUUUUCUUGUGAGGCCUUCAGAUAAUACACCUGGUGAUUAUUCACUUUAUUUUCGGACCAGUGAAAAUAUUCAGCGUUUUAAAAUAUGCCCAACAUCAAACAAUCAGUUUAUGAUGGGAGGCAGAUACUAUAAUAGUAUUGCUGACAUCAUUGAGCACUAUAGAAAAGAACAGAUUGUUGAAGGUUAUUACCUUAAAGAUCCUGUUCCAAUGCAGCACCAAGAACAAGUGUUUAAUGAUACAGUGGAUGGAAAAGAAAUCUACAAUACAGUUCGUCGGAAAACAAAGGAUGCUUUUUAUAAAAAUAUUGUCAAAAAAGGUUACCUUCUGAAAAAAAGUAAAGGAAAGAGAUGGAAAAACUUGUACUUUAUAUUAGAGGGAAAUGAUGCCCAGCUUAUUUAUUUUGAAAGUGAAAAACGAGCCACAAAACCCAAAGGACUAAUAGACCUUAGUGUGUGUUCCGUCUACGGAGUACAUGACAGUUUGUUUGGCAGGCCAAACUGUUUUCAGAUAGUAGUUCAGCACUUUAGUGAAGAGCAUUACAUCUUUUACUUUGCAGGUGAAACUCCAGAACAAGCACAGGACUGGAUGAAAGCUCUGCAGAUGUUUUGCAGUUUAAGAAAAACCAGUCCAGGAACUUCAAAUAAACGUCUACGUCAGGUCAGCAGUCUUAUUUUGCAUGUAGAAGAAGCUCAUACGCUCCCAGUAAAGCAUUUUACUAAUCCGUAUUGUAACAUCUACCUGAACAGUGUUCAGGUAGCAAAAACACACAUCAGGGAAGGGCAGAACCCUGUGUGGUCAGAAGAAUUUGUCUUUGAUGAUCUUUCAUCUGAUAUUAAUAGAUUUGAGAUAAGUCUUAGUAACAAAACAAAGAAAAGUAAAGAUCCAGAUAUAUUGUUUAUGCGUUGCCAAUUAAGCCGAUUACAAAAAGGACAUGCAACAGACGAGUGGUUUCAACUCAGUUCCCAUGUACCAUUAAAAGGUAUUGAGCCAGGAUCUUUGCGUGUUCGAGCACGAUAUUCUAUGGAGAAGAUCAUGCCAGAAGAGGAGUACAACGAAUUUAAAGAGCUUAUACUCCAGAAAGAACUUCAUGUAGUCUAUGCCUUAUCACAUGUUUGUGGACAGGACAGAACACUGUUGGCUGGCAUUUUAUUGAAGAUUUUUCUUCAUGAAAAGCUUGAGUCCUUGUUGUUACGAACACUAAAUGACAGGGAGAUAAGCAUGGAAGAUGAAGCUACUACCUUGUUUCGUGCCACCACCUUAGCAAGUACACUUAUGGAGCAGUACAUGAAAGCCACAGCCACAAGUUUUGUUCACCAUGCACUGAAAGACUCUAUAUUAAAAAUAAUGGAGAGCAAGCAGUCCUGUGAGUUAAAUCCCUCAAAGUUAGAAAAAAAUGAAGAUGUAAACACUAAUUUGGCACAUCUACUCAGUAUACUUUCAGAAUUGGUGGAGAAAAUAUUCAUGGCUGCAGAGAUACUGCCUCCGACAUUGAGGUAUAUUUAUGGGUGCCUACAGAAGUCUGUUCAAAACAAGUGGCCAGCUAAUACCACCAUGAGAACCAGAGUUGUUAGUGGCUUUGUUUUUCUUCGACUGAUUUGUCCUGCUAUCCUGAACCCAAGGAUGUUUGAUAUCAUCUCAGAUUCUCCUUCCCCCACUGCUGCAAGAACACUGACGCUGGUCGCCAAGUCUGUGCAGAAUCUAGCAAAUCUGGUUGAAUUUGGAGCUAAGGAGCCAUAUAUGGAGGGUGUAAAUCCAUUCAUCAAGAGCAACAAACAUCGCAUGAUCAUGUUCUUGGAUGAACUUGGGAAUGUUCCUGAGCUUCCAGACACUACAGAGCACUCUAGAACUGACCUGUCUCGUGACCUGGCGGCCUUGCACGAGAUAUGUGUGGCACACUCAGAUGAACUCCGGACGCUCAGUAAUGAGCGAGGUGUAAUGCAGCACGUUCUUAAGAAGCUUUUGGCUAUUACUGAACUGCUUCAACAAAAACAAAAUCAGUAUUCUGUGUCUAAUAACACCAGGUAGCAGCCCUCUACCUGAAUUCUGCAUGGAUCCAGCAUGCCCAACAUGGCAACCCACACCAGUAUCACUUUCUUCUUGCUCUUGCCAAAAAUAGCACACCCUGUCACAUUCACAGUGAUGUGUGAACUAUGCAAAAAGAAAACAAAGAUUCUGUUGGUGAAUGAUUGUGCCAGCAGCUUUUUAAGCUAUCUGUGCAGGACAUUUGCACUUUUUUUCCACUUGGAAACAGUUUUCACAACCUCUGAGCCUUGGUGUACGGUUCACCUUCCGCAAAGAAAAUGCUGUGACUGUGUCUUGAACUUUGAAAAUUAUUUUCAGCACCUCUGAUUGCCAAAGUUUUGCUGUCUUGUUGGAAAAGAAUUAUCAACUGACACGAAAAGAAAUGUGUUGUUUUGACAGCUACAUGUAACUGGAUAACAUUUCUUACUGUAAUUUCUGACUGGUUACAAUAAUUAUGACUUUUGACUGUUUCAACCACUUUAACUUGUAUUUACAGUUUCCAGAAUUUGAUGUUAUGGUAGCAACAAUCUUUACUGUACACUUUUUUAUACCAUGCUGUUUCUCUUGCUGGAAUCAUGUUGAAAGAGAAUAUGCAGAAUGGGUCUUGUCAGCUUUAUUUUCUGAUGUGCCACUGAUUCAGU